AGCUGCGGACCGGAAGUGUCGCGCUGGGCUCUGUCUAUAUGUGCUUUCAUGUGGAGGGGGAGGGUCGCUGAGGCCUGGGCCGCCGUCGCCAGCCAGUCCCGCCUCUGAAAUGCGUGAGGCUAGGCAGGUAUUUUUGCCCCCAUUGCAGCCCAGGGCGGGAGCCAGUCACAGCUCGGAAGCUCAGCGGCGCCCGGGUGGCUCGGUGCAGUCCGUUAGCAGGACCGCUCAGUGCUGCCAGAAGUGGCGCGGGUGGUUUAGAACUCAGAGUCUUUGGUCAGGAGAAUCUGAUGAGGAAGAUGAAGAGGAGGAAAAAAGUGAGGAGUGGUACCAACUGCAAGAAAAGAAAAUGGAGAACAAUCCAGAAAAACUGCUGCUUUGGGCAGCUGAAAAAAAUCAGCUUAGCACAGUGCGCAGGCUCCUUUCUCAACAGCUAGCUCCCGUUAACGUCCAAGACGAAGAUCAAUACACACCCCUCCAUCGAGCUGCCUACAGUGGACAUUUAGAUGUUGUGCGUGAAUUAAUUGCCCAAGGUGCAGAUGUCCAUGCACUGACAGUGGAUGGCUGGACACCUCUACAUAGUGCGUGUAAGUGGAACAAUACAAAGGUGGCUUCGUUUUUACUUCAGCAUGGUGCAGAUAUCAACGCUCAAACAAAUGGAUUACUGACACCAUUGCAUCUUGCUGCAGGAAACCGAGGGAGUAAAGAAACACUAGAACUUCUGCUGAUGAAUCGUUACGUGAAACCAAACCUAAAAAAUAACUUGGAUGAAACUGCAUUUGAUAUUGCUAGAAGAACUGACAUAUAUCACUACCUUUUUGAAAUUGUAGAAAAUUGCACAAAUUCUGUGCCAGAUUCUUAGAAAUUCUCAUUAUUUAAACUUCAGAAUGUGAAUUUCACAUGCUUCCUCUUUGUAACACAGCAUUCUUUAUACGUUCUCCCAAAACAAGUGGUUUUCCCCAAUUCUCACAAAAGAUUUAAUGGGUGAUAUCAUAGAGGGAGGUCUCAUGAUUAAGAUCGCAUUAUUUUUGCAAAAUAACUGACCAUAUACUUACUUAGACUUUGACAUAUUAUCACUUACAUUAGUAGCAUAGCUGGGGGGGAGUGGCCACUCCUCCACUGAGCACAAGUGGCGGCUUUUUAAUUUUACUCACCCGGGAGCG